AUGGAAAUAUAUUAUAUCCUAAUAAAAGUGAAGAAUAAGCUGAAGAUAAGAAUACUUAAAGGGUUAUAUAUAGAGACUAUAACCCUAUACCAGGGUUAUUAUAAUACCUACCACGACCCAGAUAAUACCCCGUACUGUAGCUAUCUCGUUAUAAUACCUAUCUUUUUUAAUAAUAACUUAGCUGCCUUUUUUACAAAGGCUAGCUUAACCUGGCAGGCUGGUGCUUACCAUCGCACUGAUAUCGCGCUUAAUUCUGAACUAGCUACCACUCUGGUACCAGACCUCUCCACUCGAUUCAGUAUGAAGGCUCUGUUCCUUAAGGGUGUGGAACCAGCAGCAGUUCUCUAUGGCCCCGACCAGAGAUCUUUCACACAGUCAGUUGUAUUCCCUUCUGAGAAGGUUCAAGACUUAACAGAGGCAGCAAUCGCAUUUGCGCAAGUUGGUAAUAGUAAGGUCGGAUACGUAGGAGAUGUAAAUCGGGAAAGGGAGACAGAUGCUGCUAUUGUAGCUAUGUGUCUACGUGCUAGACCCAAUGCGUCAUUAGCAUAG